AUGGGCCCAUCUUUGAAAGAUCACUCGUCCUUAGCCCGUCCAUCUACUCGCGAUCGGCCGGUUACUCGUGACCAAGGAGAGAAUUCGCUGGUCGUUCCUAGUCGCACCUCCUCACUUCAUUCCCGCAUUACCCAACCAAUCCCCUCGCAAAUGAACGCAAAACCCACGCAGCGCACUCCCAAAACUCUCACCCAUGCCUACAUGGUGUGCGGUGUGGGUCGCGAGCCCUCGCAAUGGGUGAAAGCUCCCGCUCCAGAGCAGGGAAAGAUCGGCCACAUGAAAGGUGCGGUGGGACAAUUUUGGUUACCAGAAAUCCUGGGAAGCAGCCCUAGAUUGGAGCAGGACAAUGAAAUUGCUAGAGCCUUACAUUCGGCAAUGAGGGCCUGCUUUCCUCAUGAUGUAGAAAUUUGCACUGGUAAGAGCCAGCCUCACUGCGUUCACCAUGCCUUUGUCCUGCAGCAAGAUUCAUCACAUACCCUCUACGGUAUUGCCUUGCGUGUCUGGUCUCGAGCCGAUGAGAAGCGCGCCGAAACAAUUCGGGAGCUGCGCAAGAAGACAGAAGCCGAUUUCUACGACAACCCCGACGAGACCUACUGGAUCCCUUACUGUCUCAGUUUCCUUUCCCGCUAUCCUCUCUACGAUCUGCUAGGCGAUUACCUGCGUGGCAUGUGGAUUCAUUGGAACAAGGCCACCAAUCUUUUCCACGCUGAGGAGGUCUCGCGAAUUCUGAGCUUCCCUGCUCCACGCCUGAAUGAUCUUGUUCGGAUCGACAUGAAGGACUAUGCCUUGUGCUAUCAGUUCCCUUCAUCGCCCACCGGUUUCCAGAACUUUUCUAUGUGGCCCUUGUUCACCUGCCUGUCCAUCCCCAACAUUGUGGGUGUCGUCGAGGCCGCAGUGUCGCCGACUCGCCGGAUCAUCUUUGUCAGUCACUACCCGGCUAUGCUGACUAUCGCCGCCGAAACCGUUCGGUACUGCGUUCGAGUCUACGAAUGGAGCGGCCUGUAUGUUCCAGUCGUUCAUGCCCGUCACAUCAAGGAUCUUGUCCAAGAGCCCGGUCCCUAUAUUCUGGGUGUCACCGCCGAAUGCCGAACGCUGUUCAACGCUCCCUCGGAUGCCUUGGUUGUGGACCUGGAUCGCAACUUUGUGCUCACUUCCAGUCCUCCGAAUAUUCUCACUCCUGGUCAGCGGACGAAAUUUAUCAACCGGCUGACGCAGGCCCUAAACGGUGAUGUCUCUCCUUCCGGUGUGCCCAACCACCUGCGAUCCGCCUAUGCGGGUGGCAAGCUCAUUCCCGCCGGUUCAAUCAUCGUCAUGAGAGGCGAGGUCGAAAGUGUACAAGAGCCUUCGUGGUGGAACCAGGAUGCGGUCAUGAGCGUCAUGGAUCACGUCUGCGAGAAAUUGGGUCGCAACACUGGCAUGAAGGCCAUCUUUGGUGGUUCUGUCAAGAAGCCUCUGAUGACCAAGGUAUCUAUGCGCCACCUCAAUGAAAUUGUCCGUGAGCGCAACCAGUACUCUCGCGAUGCUAUGGAGGCUUGGCAGGACUUUAUCAACCUGAAGGGCCGCAUGGACACCGAGUUGAGCAAAGUCACCAAGCGCAACAACUUCUUGGUCGAGGAAUUGGAGACCUGGAAGCAACAGUUCCUCAAGUUCCAGGCCUUCGCAGAGCAGCUCACCAAGGAGACCACUGAGCUCAAAGUCAAGAUUGAGAACCACAAGCGUGAGAACCGCCGCCUCACUGGCCUCAUUGACCAACAAAAGGACGACGUGGCGCGUCUCACUCUCCGUUUAUCCGGCACCGAGAAGCAGCGGGAUGAUGCCCUGGAGGCGCUGGUUCUGCAACAGGAGAUCGCCGAGGAACUUGAGCGUGAGAGAAAGCGCAAUCAGAAGGAGCUUGCCUCCUUGCAGCACACCACCGCUUCUCUCGCCAGGCAACGUGACGAGGCCCAAAGGGUGGUUCUGCACCUCCGCAGUCUCAUCAACGGUCAAACGCAUCAUAUGGAGCACAUUGUUCGCUCGAUCGGUAGCUCCGCUGAGCUUUCUGAGUUGGUGGAGCAGGCCGAAGAAAGCAAAGAGAUCGAGGAGAAGGCCGCACCAGAGGAGACCAAGGAGCGUGCGCAAAAGGCCAAAAGCCUUGCUCCCAACAUGAGCCCGGAGUUGGAACAGCAUCUUCUGAAUCUGGGCAAGGAGCACAAGCGUCUUGCCCGCCUCAGCAUCACCGAUGUGGCGGAUCGCUACCUGCGCGACAAGACCGAUGCCAUUUCGGACAUCAUCCGCAGCAUCAGCGAGCAAUGCGCUGCCGCUGUCGAGGGCUUGCAUCUGGCUCAAGAUGCCGAAGAGGACGACGACGCAGACGAGUCGGGUAAGCGCACGCCGGACGGCAAUCGCCUGGCGCCAGACUUCGACGGCCACGAUGGACGUUCGACCCGCGAGGGAAGUGAAUUGGGUGAUGACAACAGCACCCUGCACCCAGAUCAUCGAAUCUCCAGUGUUCCCCCCACUCCAGACCUGGUCCACAACCGCUCAAGUACGUCGAUGUCGAUGAUCAGCAGCUCGACAUUCCCGGAGAGGUCGAGCCAACAAUAUGGGCCUGGCGAGAUCCCGACCCGGAUAGUUGAGGAUGACGACGAGCGUGCCCACGAGACCGAUGGUCUUGAUGACCACACCGAGUCAGGAACUCUAUCCAAACAGGCCAGCGAAGAUCUGAUGCGGUCAAGCCCCCGGCUGCUCGCGUGA